GAACGGGAGUUGGCCUAGCGAGACCCAGAGAGCAGGAAGGCUGCAGAUUACCGUGAAGUGUCCUAGAUGUUGCAAAGGCACUGGAUGUGGGAUGCCAUGCCAGCCUCCCGAAUACGGCCAGGAGAUCAUGUCUCCCUGCACUGCCAGCAUUGCUCAAAUAGUAGACUCGCCACAGCUUGAUCUUUUACCAGCCGCCGUCUCGAGCCUUCUUUUUUUUGUCAGGCUGUUGGUUGUAUUAUGAGGACCAGUGGCUCGCUUUCGAUGUUUUCUGGUGAUUGAUCUUCUCCCCUUGAGGAACAUAUUUCUCGUCAGCGGACCCCACGGUUCCGUCAGCAGAGAUUGCGGUGCUGUUACCAGAGUUAGCCGUGCCGUCAGCACACGUUGCCGUUCCGUCAGCAGAGCUUACCGCUCCGUCAGCAGAUGUAACCGCCAGCCUCUGCGUAGUGGAUGAUCAAUAGAGUGCCGUUUGAUCGGUAAAACCUAAUCAGGAUCGCAGGAUAUUAUCAUAUCCUGCCACGUGUCAGGAUACUAUGUUUUCGCCAAACGACAUUCCCCCAGCUUUAGAAACUGUUCCAACGUUCCGCCCUCCGCCAUCCGCGGAACCAGCGCAGACAACAUCUGCGCUCAACGAGAUUCCCCCGUCCCUCGAUACAGUACCCACCUUCCGCCCUCCCCCUUCCGCAAACGAAGCAGCGCAGAGCGCAAGCCCGCACGACCAGGUUCCGCCGUCCCUCGAGACAGUCCCCACCUUCCGCCCGCCCCCAGCCGACGGCGCUUCGUCGAUAGUUAAUCUCGCCGCGUCUUCCGCCGGCUCGUCCUUUAGAUUAUUCUCCUCUCAGGAAGAUGAGUUAUCUGGAGCGACUAUUAAGCCUAAAGGUUCGGAUUUAAACCUCUCUAUAUCCCUCUCCUCGAACGCAAGAAAUUCUCAAAGCCUAGUAGGUACUACUGAUCUCAACGGGGAUGACAAUAACGAGGAUGACGGGGAUGCGGCGUUAUCCCCCGCUACACCCACUUUCACCUCGACAGGUCUGAAAACGAUUCGCCCUGCUCGAAGCCCUCGCCACGUGGCACAUCCGGACCCAUCCGCUCCACACAACACUUUCUCUCAACCCAAUCUCACUUCCGCUCCCCCCAGCCACGCUUCCGCUUCCGCCAGCCAUGCAGCCCCCCCCGAGCGCCCUCCGCGCAGCUCCUCCCGCGGCUCCCGCGACCUCUCCGCGCUCACCAUCAGCUCCCCCCAUCCCAGCAGCUCCUCGCGCACCCCGCGCGACCUCUCCGCGCUCGCCGCGCUGCUGGAGCCCCCCCGGGAGAUGCGCCACAGCAGCAGCUUCCGCAGCAGCAGCACCAGCGGAGGCGGAACCGGCGGAAGCGCUGGCGGAAUGCGGAGCGGUAGCUUCAGAGCGAGUACACUCCGCAGUAACAGCAGCAGCGGUGGCGGUGGCGGUGGUUUUGGCAGUGGGAGUGUCGGGGGAGGGGUAGGGAGUAUUGGAGGGAGGUCGUUUCGAAAAGCCCUGUCUUCAAGUGCGAAAGUUCUGGACGCGGUUUCUGCUGCUGGCGAAGGAAUUGGCGAAGGGGCUGGCGAAGGCGGCGCUGGUGGUAACCUUAGGGUUUCAAGGCCGGCUACAGCGUAUAGUAGGUCUCCCACGCGGCGUAGGCUUGCUAGCUCGCAUGCAUCCCGGUCUAGAAGACACCUGCUGCCACCGGUAGCAGCAGGAGGAGGAGCAGGAGCAGGAGGAGCAGGAGGAGCAAGAAGAGCAGGAGCAGCAGAAACUGGUUUGGAAAACGGUUCUGAUGACAUGGCGGAUAGUGUGUUUCCUGAAGCCGACUUGCUGGUUCUAGACGACCUAGAGGGUUUGGGGGAGGGGGAUGAGGAGGAGGAAGAAAGGGAGGAGGGAGAGGAGGGGGAAGGGGUAACUGGUGAGGGUGGGGAGGUGGGAAGAGUGUAUCCAGAAGGGAGUUAUGAGGCGCAAGCUGCUGCUGCGGCUGCGGCAGUGGCUGCAGCCUCUGCAGCGCUAGCAGCGAAAUCGCCCCGGUUUGUGAAGUCCCCUCCUCGCUCGUUCAGCUCCCAUCACUCGUUUAAGACUGCACACACCCCCAAAUCCCCACGAAACAUGCGCUCCCCUCGGCUCUCUGCCUCUUCCUCCUUCUCCCACUCUUCCCUCCCCUCCUCUUCCCUCCCCUCCUCCUCUCUCCAUUCCUCCUCCUCUGUACGCUCCUCUACUCCCCGAGCCUACCCCUCUCGCACGCCAAGGUCGCUCCGAACCUCCGCCAGCACCAGGUUCGGCCAAGCUGACAGGGAUGGUACUGCUGCUGAAAUUAACGGUGGAGAUGGAUUCAAUGGUGCUGGAUUCAACGGUGCCGAUGACAUUGAUGAUCUUGUUCCUGACUCACCUGCCUCCCCAGGGUCAUCUGCCCACCGGAGACCAAAAUCUCCCCUCAAGCGUGACUAUAGCCGCAAUGACAGUAACGAGCUUGCUGCACGUGACUAUAACGAGGGGAGGAAGCUAACUGCAUUGCAGGAAGGAGAGACAGAGGCAGCGGCGAUGCCUCCUGGUUCUCCGGCGUUUCUGCCCGAAAAUGUGGGUUUUGAGAGGCCGGUCAGCCCGUUGAGAAGUCCUUCUGCCCGGUUGAAAAUCCGCGAAGGGGUCACUGCAGGGCUUAUGAACCGACUCAUGCUCGCAAAUCCCUUGGCUGCUGAGAGCGCAAGGGAAACCGCAGGAAGAGCAGAAAACGGAAGCGAUGGAGGUGCAGUGGAAACAAUGGCAGCCAGAGCAGCACGGGGAGGAAAGGAAGCCGAGAUAACGAGAGGCCCAGCAGCGGGAGCAGUAGUGGCAGCCGGAGCAAUGGCAGCGGGAGCAAUGGCAGCCGGAGCAGGGGCGGAAGCAAAAGAAGCAGAAGAAACAGAAGGCCUCACUGCGGAGUCAAGUGAAGUGGGACGAGGAGACGUGAGUAGCAGAGGAGCUCAAGAGACAGCAGGAGUGCUGGAAGACGUGACAAGGACAGAUAUAGCAGCUCCUGGACAGCACAGUCAGCAGCACGGGCAGCAAAACGGGCAGCAGAACGGGCAGCAGCCCGGUAGGGAGUCAAGUCAGCAAGCAGGGGAAGGGCCACAGGCAGGGGGGAGCCAAGGAGCAGAUGUACAGCAGAUGUACCGUGCAGGAGAGCGUCCAGUCAAGCAGGCCAUAUCCAUUGAGAUCCCAACCAGUCCUGUAGCCUUGCCUCGGGCAGGUUCCGAACCUCACGCCCCUGCCGAAGCUGGUGCCGAAGCUGGGUACAUUCGGCUAGCCACCGAAGCUCCGCGCCGAAGCAGCUUUGACCUGGCUUCUCCUCUGGCGCAAGCCGUUUUGCCUCGGGAUGUUUCUAUAUUCCUGGGAGAGGGUGAGAAAAAGAGUGAGGGAGUGAGUGAGGGAGCGAGUGAGGGAGUGGGUGAUGGUGCGAGGGGUGGUGGGGAGGAGGAGAGCAGGGAAAAGAGGCCGGGGAAACAGGGAGGGGCGAGAAUGGAGAUGCUGCGGCUGCUGCUGCUGUUGCAACUGAUAGUUGUCCUGCUACCGGUAUCCCUCCAAAACCAAAGAAAAGAGGCGAAAAAGGAGAGGGGAAGCUGAGAGAGAAGAAGGAGAGCAGCAAAGGCAGCAGCAGCAGACAUAGCAGCAAAACACGCAGCAGAGCGAGCAGCAG